UGAUGCACUCGGCUUGCUGCAAAAUUCCACCUGCAUUUUCACAAUCAUACAAAAGUAGUUGUAACUGUACAGCAAGAGAUUCGUGUAUAACUUCAAAUUGAUUUGAAGUGUUUCAUAACACUUGAUUCAUAUGAUUCAUCUGAAUGGAUGCUCUAAAAGGUAGCUGAACUAAUGAGUGGAAGGAGAAGGAGCAAACCUAACCGGGGUGGAGGUCGGUUUAAUAAACCCAGGGGAGGUGGUGGUGGAGGAGGUGGUGGAGGAGGUGGUGGUGGUGGAAGCAAGAAAUUUGCCAGUGGAGGCUGGGAUGAUGGAGAUGAUUUCAGCCUGGAUUUUGGUCCCAGUCGGUCAUUUAAGCCUCCCUCCUCUAGAGGUUCAAGAGGUGGAGGUGUCCGUGGGGCUCAUGGUGGAAGAGGCAGAGGAAGAUCUCAGGGCCUGCCUAGAAAACACGAUGAUGACGAGGAGAAGAGAUCCAGAUUUAAAUCAGAACAAGUGCAACUUCCCUUGCAGAAGAUUCACAUGACGUCUGAGAACAAACUACAGGUCAAAGAACUGCUGCGGGAACUUCAGAACCAGGAGUAUCAAACCCCAAACAGUGGCUCUGAUUUUGAAGGUGGAGAGGAGGAAGAGGAUGAGGAGUAUGAUGAGCUGGACCAUCGAGAGGAAGGUCAGUUCUGGAUAACCCAUGAUGAUGGAGUAGAAUAUGCAGAGACUGAUGACUGGAUGGAGGACCCUGUUGAGGAAAAGCACAAAAAACCAGAACCGGUGAUCUCGCUGUUUGCUCUUGGAACUCUUUGCAGGUAUGGGUUUGACCGUGAGCGCAGCAGACAAGCUUUGGAAGCCGGAGAAGGAAGUGGAUGCGGUGAGGUUGGAGCAACAUUAGAGCUCCUCCUAUCACAGAUGUUCACAGAGCGAUUUGGCUCUAGCGCCCUCAGCCCGCAAACAUCUGAUCCCCCUUCACAGGGGGAAUGUGUAGCUUUGCGACAAGAAGAGGCCUUUGCUUUGACGGCAAUCUACGGCGAAAGGUUCUGCGAGCGCAUCAGUAAUCAGGUUUGGACAAUUCAGCUUGAUUUGCUGUGGUUGGAUGAACGCAGGAUCAAACUUUCAGACUCUAAGCAUUCUGAAAAGCGGCCAGAGUCCAAUCAGAUUUGCAAGUUUUACUUAAAGGGGGCAGGUUGUAAGUUUGGUAAUCGGUGCAAGUUCAAGCACCAAGUUCAAGAAUCAAGCUCUUCAAGAGAUUUUUGUAAGGCAAGUCAACCGGGGUUUAGCAACACAGAUGCUCCAAUUUACCAGCUGGAGAUUCGUUUCCAACCAGGCAGUUUAUAUCCUUUUCAACCUCCGCUUGUGGCCUUCAGUAGUACAGAUGAAUCACUCUCAGGGGCUGGACGUCUCAGUGUCACAGAGUAUCUGUUCGGUCAGUCACUCAGUGCUUCAGAGGAAGGUGAGCCAGUAGUCUACACCCUUAUUUCCAGCCUGGAAGAGGAUGGUCCUGUCAGAGAGCUGCUGUCAGCUGCUCAUCACAAGUAUAGUACCCCACCUCCUGUGCUGGCUCCUCCCUCUGUCACACCGGCAAAGAGUCGAAGCAAUAAAAACAAUGCAGACAACAGGAAUACAGCAACUAGAGAUCAGUCAUCCAUCACCGAGAUCACUAACCACAGAGUGAAACCAAAGGAAGUUGCACAAAUCCUGAGUGAGGAUGAACAAGACGAAGGAGAUGAUGAAGAUGACGAGGAAUGUAUCCCAGUAGAAAACGAGAGCUAUGUUAACUUGAGGAAGAGGAUGGUGAAGAAGACUGAAAUCAGAACCGAGCAAAUGCAGGAAGAGAACAAGAAGCUGUGCAGAGAGUUCAAAAGAAAACGGUCAUCGAGGCGAUAUAUAUCAAUGCAAGAGCAGAGGCAGAAACUCCCAGCAUGGCAGAAGAGAGAGGCCAUAUUGGAGUGUUUGGUUAAGAACCAGGUUCUCGUCAUCAGUGGGAUGACCGGGUGUGGGAAAACCACUCAGAUUCCUCAGUUUAUUCUGGAUAAUUUUCUCCUGACUGGGCGGCCGGAUAGAGUAGCCAACAUUAUUUGCACUCAGCCACGCAGAAUCUCUGCCAUUGCUGUUGCAACCCGAGUGGCUCAGGAGCGAGCAGAGGCCCUGGGGCACUCCACAGGCUACCAGAUCCGCCUGGAGACCGUCAGGUCCUCCAUCACCAGGCUGAUGUUCUGCACAACUGGUGUUCUUUUGAGGAGGUUAGAAGGUGAUCCUGAGCUCAGCGGCGUCACACAUGUGAUCGUGGAUGAGGUCCAUGAACGAACAGAAGAGAGUGACUUCCUCUUGCUGGUUUUGAAGGAUCUGAUUGUAAAAAGGACAGAUCUGAAAGUAAUUAUGAUGAGUGCAACACUGAAUGCUGAACUGUUCUCACAGUAUUUCAACAACUGCCCCAGCAUCCAUAUACCAGGACGUACUUUCCCAGUAGAGCAGUUCUUCCUUGAAGAUGCCAUUGCCAAGACCAGGUAUGUAAUUGAAGAUGGCAGUCCAUACCGGCGCUCCACAAAGCAAAAUCGUUCCUCCGGUCAGGGUGGUGCAACUGGGAAGGGACGGGCUCCUAUUGAAGACUUUGAUGAUAAUGAUGACGGUGGCUGGUCCUUCACCUCCUUCAGAAAAAAGGAGUCCGUCAAGGACUCAGUUUCUGAUCAGCAGCUCAGUCAACAGGAUCUCACUGUCCGAUAUUGCAAUUAUUCAAAGUCUGUGGUGAAAACAUUGGCUGCUAUGGAUCUUGACAAAAUCAACAUGGACCUGGUGGAGAGUCUGUUGGAGUGGAUUGUUGAUGGAGACCACAGCUACCCUCCAGGGGCUGUUUUGGUCUUCCUACCAGGGCUGGCUGAAAUAAAGCAAUUAUAUGAGCAGCUGCAGUCUAACAGGAUGUUCAAUAAUAGAAGAACAAACAGGUGUGUAGUUUAUCCUCUACACUCGUCCCUGUCCAAUGAGGAGCAGCAGGCUGUGUUUACCCGCCCACAGGAUGGUGUAACCAAAAUCAUCAUUUCCACAAACAUUGCUGAAACAUCUGUCACCAUCGAUGAUGUGGUGUAUGUCAUAGACUCUGGACGGAUGAAAGAGAAAAGGUAUGAUGCCAGUCGCAGUAUGGAGAGUCUAGAAGAUGUGUGGGUGUCCCGUGCCAAUGCUCUUCAGAGAAAAGGCCGUGCUGGUCGUGUGGCAUCAGGGGUUUGCUUUCAUCUGUUUACAAACCAUCGCUUACACCAUCUGAGCCAACAGCAGCUGCCGGAGAUCCAGAGAGUUCCUCUGGAGCAGCUCUGUCUAAGGGUUAAGGUGCUGGAGGUGUUUGCAGAGCGUCCUCUGGACUCUGUUUUCUCUCAGCUGAUUGAGCCGCCCACAGAAGGCAGUUUGGCAGCAGCUAAACAGCGUCUGUGUGCCCUUGGUGCCCUGACUGAUGAGGAGUCUCUAACUCCACUGGGCUGGCAUUUGGCCUGUCUGCCAGUCGACGUGCGCAUUGGUAAACUCAUGCUGCUGGGAGCCAUCUUCCGCUGCCUGGACCCUGCCCUCACCAUCGCGGCCAGCCUGGCCUUCAAGAGUCCAUUCGUGUCUCCAUGGGAUAAACGAGAAGAGGCUAAUGAGAAGAAGUUGGCUUUCUCUCUGGCGAACAGUGACCAUCUAGCUUUAAUGCAGGCGUACAAGGGUUGGUGUAACGCCGCUCAGACGGGCUUUAAGGCUGGAUAUCAGUACUGCAGAGAAAACUUCCUUUCAAUCCGAGGAUUACAGGAAAUAGCAUGUCUUAAAAGGCAGUUUGCAGAGCUCCUGUCUGACAUUGGCUUUGUGAAGGAUGGGCUGAAGGCCAGGGUCAUUGAAAAAAUGAGCUCGAAGGGAAGUGAUGGGGUGCUGGAGGCUACAGGUUAUGAGGCCAACCUGAACUCUGACAACACAAAGCUGAUGUCAGCCAUGCUGUGUGCAGCCCUCUACCCUAAUGUAGUCCAGGUGAGAUCUCCCCAGGGGAAGUAUAAGCUCACUAGCAAAGGAGCUAUGAAGAUGCAGCCCAAAGCAGAGGAACUGCGCUUCAUGACUAAGAGCGAUGGGGCCGUCCACAUUCAUCCCUCAUCUGUCAACUUCUGUGUGCGCUACUAUGACAGUCCGUACCUGGUGUACCAUGAAAAAGUGAAGACCAGUCGAGUGUUUAUCCGUGACUGUAGCAUGGUCUGUGUGUAUCCCAUGGUGCUGUUCGGCGGGGGACAAGUGAAUGUGGAACUGCAGCGUGGACAGUUCAUCAUCUCUCUGGAUGAUGGCUGGAUCAAAUUUGCUGCUGCGUCUCAUGAGGUGGCUGAGCUGGUGAAAGAGCUGCGGUGGGAGCUGGAUCAGCUUUUAGAAGAGAAGAUCAAAAAUCCCAGUAUGGAUCUGAUCAGCUGUCCUAGAGGAUCUCGCAUCAUACACACAAUUGUGUCACUUAUCUCAACACAGUAACGGUUUGUCAAUCAAAUACACAUGGGAUGUUCACCUGAAUACCUUAUAACACGAGUUGAAGUUUUGUUGACGUUCAUUUUAGAUUCAUUCUCUUUGACGGACUAGUUUGUUGAAUUUUGACAUUGUGUGAUUCCACACAAACAGUAUCUGAAUCAGAGUCCACGUUGGACUGCUUUCAAUAAAUAUCUAUAUUAAAAAAAAGUA